GGAUCGUGUAGAUUUCUAGCUUUUCGCUCUUUGUAGCAGUAACAGUUUUAAAACGAGCGAAAGAUCUGCCUUAUAUUGAAUUAUUUUAAGGCAGUUUUUCGCUCGUUUUGAUAUUGUUCUUGCUGCUACUAGAUUAUUAAAAAUAUUUAAUUUAAAUCAUGGACGCAAAAAAUAAUAUAUAAAAUGAACGAAUAAACUUAUCUAUGAUAUAAUAAUAUCUUUAAUUUAUUUAGGCAGUGAAUAAUAUACUUUAUGUUCACCCAUAUUUCCGCCUAUUGUUGACCGAUUUAAAAAAUAUAUUUUUAUUCGACAGCUUAAUGGACGUAUGUGCCAUGUGGUCCCAUUGAAUUUUUUUGAAAGCAAAUCGGUAACUAUAAUUUUAUAGCUAAAUAAAUUAUGCUUUUCACCAUAUAUCACCUACAUACAUAUUUAGAUGAUGUGUAUUGUAUUUCAUGUGUCUCAGCUUAAAAACUAAAGAUUGCGUAUUCAGAUUUUUUUUUCAUUUUUUUCAAUUCAUUCUAAAUCCAAAAGGAAAAUUUUCUAUGUUCAAGGAGUAUGUUUAUUUCUUUAUGAAAGUAAGUAUGUCAAUCGAUUUAACUAACUAGCUGUUUUCUGCAACUUCGCCUGCGUCAAUUAUAAAAUAUGUCCAACGCUCCAAUGUGUAGCUUCCAAUAGAUGAAAGACUUAUAAAUCGGUCCAAUAGAUUUGAAGCCUAUCCAAUCCAAACAAACAAGCAAUCAAAUCUUUCCUCUUUAUAAUAUGAGUACAGAAUUAUUGGACAAAAUUGUGUCGAGCAAAUAAACAAAAUCUUCUUUUCUAAGACUUUCACUACGUUGAAUAUUAUUAUUAAUACAGAUCUAUAUCUAUAUUUAUAAAAUCUAUAUCGACUUAGCUCGGUGGCGUAGAGGAUAAGCGCUGCAGCCUGUGAUCAUUGUUGUUAAACAACUUUCGCAAAGAUCGGUCACGGGAUGGGUGACCAAAAAAUUAUUAAGUAUCUCAAGCUACUUCGUGCUUCGGAAUGUACGUUAAGCCAAUAGCCCUGGUGCAUUUCAAUUUGUCAUUGUAAUUAUAUCCAUGUCAUCCUAUCAUGAUAUGAAUCAUUUUUUUCCAAUAAAAAAUACAAUUGAAUUAUUCAAUUGUUUUGUUUCUUUUACCAACAGCAUCACUAUUGGGGUUGUUGAUAAAUUGUUUUUCAAAUUGACAAUAUAUCUGUCAAAGAGUAAUAUAAUACUGCCUGUAAUAAACAAAUCUGGUAAACGGAAAAACAAGAUACUAUCUCAUUUGCAUUUAUAAAACGUUUAAUAACUAUUUAUACCUUACCUUGGAAUGCUAGCUUCAGCUUUUAAAACUAUCUAUAUAAGGGUUUAAAUUUAAAAAGGAUUUUCCAAAGCCGAAAUAUCAAAAUGAGCAUGCAAUCAUAUGAUCAGGCUCCAGAGCAUUUCCAACAAUUUCCUCCUAAUAGGAUCAUAGUUAUUCACCCUGGAUCACUCUAUAUACGAAUAGGGAGAGCCUCAGAUCUUUUACCAGUGAAACAGCUUCAUUGCAUCGCUAGGAAAAGACGCCUCGGCGGCAAAAUUUACAGAGACCCCUUUAUUCCGCCCAGCGUGCCGAAAACAAAAGAAUUGAUUGAAGAAUUGGAAGAGUGUCGUUUACAAAUCUCGCACACGUUACAGACGUGUGUACAAUCAAACGGCGCGCGGCGGUAUGCUACUCCGCCACAACAAAUCGCGGCUUUCAACCGACGCUCCAUGCCUGAAUGUGUGAGUGACGGUGAACCCUGGCCGCAAGUACAGUGUGAUAUUAUUGUAGGUGAUCUAGUCCUCGAUAUUGACCCUGAGUUACCAUACAACAUACAUUUUCCUUACCGAAGAGGAGAUUUCAAUUUACAUUCAGAAGCAGGAGGCUCAAUAUCUUCGGUACUCAACGACUUGUAUACCAUAUGGAGUUCUAUCAUAGAAUACAAGUUAGGUAUACCUCUAAUUGAGCUUAUAAAGUACAGGUGUGUAUUAUUAAUACCAGAUAUUUACUCCAGAAGUCAUUUGAAAUGUUUGAUGUCAUUAUUAUUAAGAGAUUUGGGUUUUGGACACUGUUUCCUUGUGCAGGAAAGUGUAGGAGCAACUUUUGGUGCUGGCAUUGGUUCCGCCUGUGUAGUAGACAUUGGUGAUCAGAAAACUGCCAUUUCAUGUGUAGAAGAUUGUAUUUCUCAUAAGAGCACCAGAUUGAGAAUGGACUAUGGAGCUGGUGAUGUUUGUCAAGCUUUAUCUUGGAUGUUUCACAAAAGUGCAUUCCCAUAUAAAAACUGGACUGAGAAUAUACCAAGAGAUGUUGUAUUAAUGAGAACUUUGUAUGAAAGCUUCUGUCAUGUUAACUUAGACAUAUGUGGUCCACAGGAAAAAUCUUUUCUUGUAGAUCAUCCUGGAGAUGUUGUUAGCAAAUACACAUUGCAAGUUGGUGAUGAAUGCAUUAUUUCACCCUUGUCAAUGUUCUAUACUGAUCUCUUAAAAAUAACUGGUUCUAAAACUACAAAAACACAAAUUCGUCAACCGAGUGACCCUGAAGAUCCAUUUGAUGCAGAAUUUUUGAGAGAAACAGGAAGAAAACGUGAAACUGCAGAUCCUACUGCAAAUGAGAAUCAGCAAUUUGAAGUGACUAACGAUACACAGCCAAAUACAAAUCCUGAUGAUGAUAUUGUUGUUGAUGCUUUAGAAGGUGGUCCUGGAGAUGUGACUCUUGCUCCAGGACAAGUUUUAGCUUUAGAUGCAGCUAUACUACAGAGUAUAGACCAUUGCCAGAGUGAGGAAUUAAAAAGAAAAAUGUACAGUAAUAUUUUAAUUGUAGGUGGUGGAGUAAAAGUGCAAGGACUCUACCUAUGGUUACAAAACCGUCUAGCAUUACAAAUACCAUAUACAUAUAAGACUGAACAGUUAGAAAUAGUUACGUCACCAAAAGACAUUGAUCCGGCAAGCACUGUGUGGAAAGGUGCUGCAGUGAUGUCAUGUUUAGAGUCUGCAAUUGAAUUGUGGAUUAACCAAAAUGAAUGGAAUAAGUUUGGUUUAAGAAUAUUGAGAGAAAGGGCCCCUUUUAUUUGGUGAUAAAUGUUGAAAGUGCAAUUUUGUAUCAUAAAUAUAAUAAUAAUAUAUAAGCCUUUUAUUUUGAAUUUCGCUAGUUUAAAAUUAACCCUACAAAAUGCCUGAUAGUUCAGUGUGCCUCUUGGCACACAUUGGACAUCAGUUUCCACCGAGUUGUUUGCUACCUUUCUUCAAU